AUGAAUGAAAAUAUGAAUGCUGAAAAUUUGUAUUUAAGUUAUGAGAUAAAUGGUAAUAGAUUUAUUAUACAAACUGUAUCUAAUUCAACGGAUAUAACAAAAAUUGAAGAAAUUACUAAUGAUGAACAAGGUACAGCAAAUACAAAUGAUGAAACAUCAUUUGGCAAAGAGGAAGAACCUAUUUCUUUGAUUUCUGUAGAUGGCCAAAUUUAUGCAUUUCAAAAAGAAGACGUUCAAGAGCUUAAUCUCAGUCAUGUUGAUGGUCAGAUUGAAUUGUCAGACAAAACAGUUUUGUUAUCGAGAGAUAUAGAAAAUGAAGAAACACAAUUUAUUACCAACGGAGCUAUAAUAAUAGAAAAUGUUGACAAUGACAAUCAGGAACGUUAUGAAAUAGUUAGUGAACAAAAUGAUAAAAAUUUGCUUAUGCAAAAGGAUGAUGUAAAUGCCAAUGAUUUUGUAGAAGUAGUAACAGCAUUUAAGUGUAAGAUAUGUACUUACACAACCCAAGAUCGAGAAGAAUUAAUAGAGCAUUUUGAAAAAACACACAUUAAUCCGACAGAAGAUAUAGAGGAAAAAGAAGAGUCUACAAACAUCGAUGAAGUAAAAUUAGUUUAUAUGUGCGGAGAAUGCUCCAAUUGUUUUCCAUCUUUAGAAGAUUGUAAAGAACACAUGAUAAAUGAUCAUCAACUAAUAAAUACAGCACCUGAAAAAGCAGUUAAGGAAUAUGCAACUAAUGAAUUGAGAUAUACCAAUGUUGAAGAGAUAGGAAAUAAUUGUAAAAAUCCAUUAAAACAACAAACAAAAAAUAAUAAAUCUUUAAAUUCUAAGCGCACAUUUAAUAAAAAAACUGUUGAAAUGGCUGAAACAAAUGUAAGAUGUACAUAUCGUGGAUGUCCAUAUAAGUUUGCUACAGAAGAGAUAAUGCAGCAACACAUUGCUUUUCAUACAGAAUCCCAAAGUGCGUCUGCAUUCAAGUGCAAUAUUUGUCUCCAUUUGAAAUUUACUAAAUGGAGACAAUGUAGUUUACAUUUGUGGAAGAAACAUGGAAUUGACGUAGGUCUUUUCACAUGUAAUAUAUGUAAGGCAUAUAAAAGUUCUACAAUGGUAAAAUUGUUGACUCAUAUGAAGGUUCACAGUGAAACUCGAGAAUAUGAAUGUUCAGAAUGUGGUAAAUGUUUUAAACAAGCAAGUCAACUACGUAAUCAUCGAGUAAUGCAUGUAGAUCGAAAAACUUUAGAAGUUAAACGUUGGUAUACAACCAAAAAAUGUGAUAUGUGUGGAAAAACUUAUGCAAAUUCUAAAUGUUUGAAAAAUCAUAUACAAGCGGUUCAUUCAAAACUGCGUCCUUAUGUGUGCAACGUUUGUGGUCAUUCUAGUGCUAGAAAAGCUAUGCUACAGAUGCAUUUGCGACAGCACACAGGUGAUAAACCAUUUAGCUGUGAACUCUGUGAAUAUAGAACUGGUGAUCAUAAUACAUUAAGACGACACAUUAUGCAACACACAGGAUUAAAACCAUAUAAGUGUCCUCACUGUUCAUAUGCAGCAAUUCAAAGUAGCAGUUAUAAAAAUCACUUGAAAUCAAGACACCCUCAAUUAUCUGGUUUAUUCACCUGUAAUUCUUGUUCUUUUAUAACAGUUAAAAAAGAAAGUUAUUUACAACAUGUUCAUAAUCAUGAAAAGGGUUUGAUUAAAUCAAAUAUACAAAAGAAAGAUGAUGAAAAUGUCGAAGUAUUUCCUGGUAAUAUUGCAGCAGCACAACUGAUCUAUAGUUGUUUAGGUGCCUUUUCGAAAGUUGGUGAUACAUUAGAAGCUAAUUUAAUGUCUUCUUCGACAUCUGCUGAUGGUACAUCACAAACAAUUACUAUUCAAAUACCAUCGAAACAUCUUGAAGGGUCAUUGUCAUCGAGAGAAAAUAUUAAAAGUAAUUCUGCAAUAGAACAAGAGGAUGAAGAAACGAUGCAUUGUUUUUUAAAACUACCAAGAGAAGAAGAAGAAAAUAUUGAUACUGGUGGUAUAACGAUACCAGCUGAACCAGAAAUCUCUACUUCUACCACAAUUGAUAUUUAAUAAGAAAGUGUGCACGCAUGAGUGUAUAGUAAUAAAAAAAAUGAUAAAACCUUAUUGUAUUAUAAGCUAUACAGAAGCUAUAAUAGUGAACGAACGAAUGAAUACUAGUCAUAUGUUACUUAGUAAUAAUUAUACUUGUUUACAUCUAAUUGAUAGAAUAGUUAAUUAUAUAUAAAAAGUAAUCUAAUGUGAUACUAUUUUUGGAAACAUAUAUAUUUGUUUAGAAUUCACAGUAUGAUAGCGAUAGUACUUGUGUUAUACCUACAAUUCUAUAUGAAUAUUAUUUUUAAAUAUUUAUUACCUUAUCAUCAC